AUGGUUGCCAUUAUAAACGUAGCGAUCACUCUUGUAUUUUUUACUCUCAGUCAAGCAGCAAAAGUACUAAUAAUGCCCAGCUCAUUAUUCCCCGUCCAUCGAUUCACAAUGCGUGUCUUGGCUGAGGAGCUGAUCAGACGUAAACAUGACGUGACAUGGUUUGAGUACGGAUUUCUUAAGACAGGAAUUCAUAUUGCUGGAGAAGUAGAAGAAAUUUGGACGAAAGUAGAACCGUCAAAUUCAGAAAUUGGUGAUCUGUAUUUGUAUCACAAUCAUUCAUUAUAUUCACAUAUUUGGAAUACCAGCAUUUAUGAUGAAGCACAACAGACAACUGCUUGGUUGACGAGUAUCGACAUGUGUAAACAGGUUUUAAGUGUACACAAACAAAAGUUUGAUUCGUUAGUCGCUAGGAACUUCACAACAGUAAUAUUGGAUGAUCUGUACAACCCUUGUGGUUUGCUUCUUGUUGCUUUAAAAAAUAUCCCCUACAUUUACUGGUCGAUGACAUCAUUGCGUACGGAAUCAGCAUGGGCGAUUCAAAGUCCUAGUACACCAAGUUAUUUACCGGUACUUGGCACUGGACUCAGCGAUGAUUUAACCUUUUUUCAAAGAUUUUAUAAUUUUGCAUCGUAUCUUCGAGCCAUCUAUAUUCAUCAUCAUUUGAUUUUAAGAAGAAUCGAUAAGCUGUUCAAGGCAAUAAGUCCUUUUGGUUUUCAAUUUCUUUGUUUUUUUCAGGAUUAUUAUCCAAAUAAAUUGCCAAGUUCAUUUUACAUUGAACGGAAUGCAUCAGUUAAUUUCAUCAACACACCACAAGUCUUUGAUUUUGCACGACCGUAUAUGCCACGAGUUGUUUUUAUUGGUGGUAUUCACUGCCGUAAAGCAGUAGCACUCGAAAAAGAUCUUUAUACUUUUGUUAAUAAGGCGAAUUGGAAGCAUGGAUUUGUAUUGUUCACCACUGGGUUUACAGCUCAGUGGAAUCUUGCGCCAGCACAUGUUGUAGAAAGCUUCGUGCAAGCAUUUGCUGCGAUGUCAGAAAUAUAUUUUAUUUGGCAGUAUAACGGCCCUUUUAUUAGGGAUUUGCCGGAAAAUGUCUUCAUUGCAGAAUGGCUUCCUCAACAGGAUUUGUUAGGACAUCCAAAAGUCAGGGCGCACAUUAGUCAUGGAGGUCUGAAUAGCGUUAUUGAAAGUGUGUGGCAUGGAGUGCCUGUGAUUGGUUAUCCACUCACCACAUCUGGCUAUGAUAAUCUUCUUCGUUUGGUAACGCGAAAAGUUGGAAUAAUGCUUGAAAAGCAAUAUUUAAGCAAAGACAGUAUUCAAAAGAGUGUAGAAGAGAUUUAUGAUAUAAAAUAUAAGACGGAUAUGCUCAUUUUUCAAGACAUGGUAACUAACGUGCCUUACACCGAAUUAAAUCAUUCUGUAUUUUGGGUAGAAUUCAUUGAACGUCAUAGUAAGGUUUCUCAUUCUCGGUCCGCAGUUGAUGAAUUGAAUCUUUUGCAGUACUUUUUAGUAGAUAUAAUAUUGUUCGUAAUAUGCACUAUGUCUGCAUUUAUGCUUGUGAUUUACAUAGCUGUGAGAUAUGUAAUAAGGAUGUGGCACAUAUUUCCAAAUAAUCGAAAUGCCAAGCUACAAAAGAAACAAGACUGA